AUGAAGUCGGUCAGUACUCCGUACUUUAUACUAUUAAUGAUAAUAAUAGUUUUACAACGUUUGCCAAAGGAAAAUAGCCGUACGACAAGGCCACUGGAAGCUAUUUGUGAAUAUGAUAGUCGUGUACUGUGUCCAGAAUGUUUCUCAAUCUUACCAAAGUGUGAUGAUUUCCAUAAACUGUUCGUGCCGCAAACGGAAAGCCUUUUCAAUAGAAUCAACAGUAUGUUUAAUUCACACACGACCAGGAUUGGUACGUUUCGAAAACAGAAUAAUCCAGCUGUAUUGAAACAUAUCAACCGUGGUGAAGCAAUAGAAAAAUUAUUAAAAGAAUUUUGCGAGUGGCAUCCACAACCAAAACAACACUGCACUUCUUGGAAACGCAAUGGUAGCGUAGAGGAAGCGAAAGAGUUCAUCAAAGAAUCAAUACUAGAUACUACACGAAUUGAAGGCUGCAUCUUUUGUCCAACCAGUGGCAAUAGGCAAACAUUGCGACGGUUUUUAGCUUUAUUCGAGCCGUCAGACAAUGAAUUGUGGAAUCUUUUUGCCAUACGCACAAACGUAGAGCCGCUGCUCCUUAAACUGUUCUCAACGUAUGAUAGUCCUUUUUAUGUACCAAAGCUUUUGGACGUGGUCGGUUUUUCAUUCGUUGAAAGUUACCAAGGACAGACGCUCGAACAUUUUUACGAACAUCCACUAGCCACCCGCAUGUUAAUUGCUUCUAAACUAAUAAAAGCGGCAUUUAGAUUCACCGAAGGUAUUCAUGGAUUUCGUAUCUACCUUACCGACAUUAAUCCAGACAACGUGGUAGCGGACGUUAAAGACAAAGGCAAAACCGUUAGGGUGUCCAUCGUUGAUCUAGAUAAUGUUAUUAUAUUGGAUAGCCGGUCUAAAACAUUUUCUACCCGUCAUAACACAUAUCACGUUCACGGUAGAAUCGAAUGCAACGGAUGUUUCGCCUAUGUCCAGGAAGAUGUUUGCCGUUACCCUAACAGCGACUUGAAUUUUUUUGCUACAUGUCAGUUACUGUUAGAAAAUUUAAACGGAAACUACGCUGCUGGACUGCUUCACAAUGAUCAUAGUAAAGGAUUAGAUCAACCGAUGCUGCCACAUCGCGAAGAAGCUGCGCAAAAUCUACACAAUCUGCUGGAGGAGUGCGUUCACUGUCAACCACCUAAUUGCCGAAACAGAUCGCGCAUUUUACAGGAUGUACUAAACAUCAUAGACCAGACAGUAUCGCAAUUAUAA